AUGGAUACCCUCAAUAUCGGAGGAAAUGAAGGUGAUCGAUUUUAUCGGUAUAAAAUGCCCAAACUUAUUUCAAAGAUCGAAGGCAAAGGUAAUGGAAUCAAGACCGUUGUCCCUAACAUGACCGAUAUCGCACGCUCCUUGAGUCGACCACCAACUUACCCAACUAAAUUUUUUGGUUGUGAACUUGGGGCUCAGGUUAAUUGCGAUGAAAAGAAAGAUCGUUACAUUGUAAAUGGCGCGCAUGAAGCGGCCAGACUUCAAGAAUUACUCGAUAUCAUUAUCGGUAAAAAUGCAAAUACUCAAAAAGUCAUCCGUGAUUGCAAAGCCUGUGGUCGAAGAACCGAAGUCGAUAUGCGUCACAAACUUGUUACUUACAUUUUGAAACAUCCACCAUCUACGCCUAAAGGAAAAGAUGGUAAAAAAGAUAGGAAAAAUAAGAAGAAUGAAAAGAACGGCAAUGAAUCUCCUACAUCCCCAACCAGAGAUUCUGCAGAAUCUGAUGAUGAGAUUACUAAACGUAUUGUUGCUGAAGCGGCCGAGCUCCCUAUUGCCGAUAAAAAUGCCAAAGAUGAUGAUUGGGCUGUCGAUACUUCUCCAGAAGCUGUCGCCAAACGUAUCAAAGAUUUAGAACGAGAUGUUAGAACUUCUCUCAUCGUUGAUGAUGAUGAUUCCGAAGGAGAACAAGAACCUCACGAAUCGUUUGACGAGUGGUUGGAAGAUAACAAUGAUGCUAGAAACAAUGAUGUUUACAAGAAAAUCAAAGAACUUGGUAUUUCGAAAGAUACCGACAUAGUUUUAAAACACCUUGUUCUUCAUCUCUUUCCCGAAAACUUUCAGAAAAAUGAUAAUAUUGAGAAGCAAAUUCAAAAGAGAGCAAAAUUAUUCAAAAAGUUUGUUUUAAAUCCGGAUGAUCAACUUGCAUUGUUGGGAGCUACCGAAAAACUACUUAAUGAGCAUAAAGGAUUAAUGGAAAGCAAAACUGUGUGUAAAAUUUUAAUGGGUUACUAUCAGAGCGAUUUAGUUGAGGAAGAGGUCAUUCAAGCUUGGAUUGAAGGCAGUAAUUCCUCCAAAUACAAACGUCUGUUCAAGAGAAAUGCUUCCGUUACCUACGCUGAUGAGGCCAUUAAUCAAGAUAUUCGAAAUAAGGCUAAGCCUUUUUCGAAUUCUAUAGUUAGCAUAGAAUAG